CUUUGUGGAAGAAUUUGUUGAACUUUGCAAAGAAAACGUGAUGAUGGGGUCAAUCAAUUUUAAGGCGAUACGGCAUCAGUUGGAGAAAAAGAUUUAUGAAAUAGUAGCAAUGGUACAAGAGGACUGCAAUGAAGGCUUAAUAUUCACAAAUGUGAUUUGUGCGAUUUUUCAAAGUGCAUUAGGCGAAGCCGAAGCACGGAUACUCAGACAGAACUGUUGUAGGUUAUUGAAAGUGAGUCCAUAUUCUGAGGAGGCUAAAUUCAAGUUGGAUAAUCAAAAAAAAUUUGGUAAAAUCGAAUGUAGUUGUGGCCUAGUACAGCCUAUAGACGUUACGUUACCAAAAUGUAUCAAUUGUGAGGAAGAAUUUCGAUUAGAACAACUAGAAUAUAGCUUAUUAGAAGCCAUAAAUGAACAAGUUGGAAGUUAUCAAGAUCAAGACCUUUAUUGUUCCAAAUGUAAUUUACCCCAGCAAAAAAUUUUUUUUCAAGAAUGUACUUGUGGCGGAGAAUAUAAACAAACCGUUAGUAGAGAGAAGUUUAUAAGUAUAAUUAUUAGUAUCGAAAAAGUUGCGAGAGAAAAUGAGAUGAAACUUUUGUUGGAAACUUGUGAAUGGUUGUUGAAUAAAUGA